AUGAACAUUGAAUUGAUUUUUUUUUUGAAAGUUCCUGCGAUUGUCCAUCUUGGGAAUAACAAAGUCUCUCCUGGUCAGGCCGCCACAUUCAACUGCACUGUCAAUGCUAGACCACCUCCCAGAGAUGAUGAAAUUCAACUCUUUGGACCUCAGGGAAAAAACAUAACUUCUAUUCCGUUAAGAGUACUGGAGUCAUCUGCAUCACCAACAACAAAACAUUUCUACGUAAGUUUCUAAUUAUAAAGAACAUAAUAUACCUUUGUUUUCAAAUUGUAAUGUAUUAUCAAAGUCAUGUUAACGUAUUAAAACUGUACAAUAAUAACAGUAUAAAGCUAACAUAUGAUUCGAAUAAGCAAUUACGUUUACUGAAUGUUUAUCAUAAGAAUAUUAUGAUUACCUUAAUAUAAGUACACAAUUAUUUUUUUGUUUUGAAAAUUAUUACAAAUGUGUUGAAUGAUUAAUAUAUUUAGUGUUUUUUCAAAAUUUAUUUUAAUUUCACGAAAUACACUUUCCACUAAGAGGAUUGAAUAAUGUAUCAUUACGAUAUCGAAAGUAGCUUGAAGAGCUUUCAUGAUCAUCAGGCCCAUUUCCUAGUGUGCAUGACCCUAACAAUGAAGUAUUCGGUCAAAUACCGAGAAAUACGCCAACGUUCGUGGUUGUAUGCCACGAAGACUCAAUUAUAACGAAGCACGAAGGGGCCCGUUGAGGAUCAACUUGAAGUUGACAGUAAUCCCCCCCCCCCACGCCUUUCUGAACGCUACAGCAAGUGCACACACAUAGUUUGCAAUUAUGCAGCAUGUUUCUCGAUAUGUGACUUUAAAAUAUUGAAAUUCGAAGACAUUUUUUUUUAAUCCUAACUUCAGGUAGACGAUAUUCAAGAAAACGAGCAGUACACAUGUUUUGUACAGACAACAUUCGGCAAUGACAGUUUAACGCAUGUUGCUGCUUUGUUU